CAGAAAGAGAGCGAUUAGAGUUGCUAAUCUCUGAAUAUGUUAGUGAUAAUCUUUAUAUUAAAGAAGAAAGAACAACAAAGUCCCAAAAAGAAUCUUUCUGGAAACUUACAUCUGAUUUAUUAGAUGCAUUUUCUCAAUCCGAUUCAUCACAUGAACUUUUUCUUAAUGCUCCAGAAUUUAACGAAGCAGGCUUUAAAGGUCUAUUUUCAUGCUAUGAUGAAGGUAUUGAUCGUCUUUAUAAAAUUUUGAAACAAGAUGUUUAUAAAACUGAAACCAAAGAUGUAAAAAGACGCUGG